UGAACGUGAUUGAACUACGCAUGCGUAAUAAAGGAUGCCGACAUAGUGUGCAUAGACCAUGUGUUGAUCCUUUCUCUACUCCAGCCAGGGUUCUUCUUUCUAUCCGGUGAAUUUGUGUGCGUUGAGAUUCUAGGUAUAUUUAAUUAAGUUUAAAAUGGCAGCCUUGAAGAAUUUUCGUCCGCUUUUUGAUCGUGUUCUUGUAGAGCGUUUCCUUCCAGAAUUGAAGACUAAGGGUGGAAUCAUGCUGCCUCAGAAGGGUCAAGCCAAAGUACUGGAUGCAACGGUGGUAGCUACAGGUCCAGGAGCAAGGAUGGAUGAUGGUAAACGUCAGGAAUUGUGUGUUGCUGUUGGAGAUCGAGUAUUGUUACCAGAAUACGGUGGCACAAAGAUUUCUAUAGACGAUAAGGAAUAUCACCUAUUCAGAGAGGGCGACAUCCUUGCCAAGUACGAUUCAUGAAGACUGGUUUAGAAACAAAGAUGUAUUUAUACUUUCUAUAUUUCAAAAUAUAAUCAAGGUUAAAAAGACAUUCAAAACAUGGAAGAAAACAUGGGCGAGUGGUGAUGAUAACCUCUGUAAUGAAUCUAAAUCGACAGUUAUAUUAAGAAUACAUAGACCUAGAGCAAAUAUGACUGAAA